AUGAGACAAAAAAUGGCCACUACCCUUAAUUUGUUUGUUUUUGUUAGGAAAAUAAUAAGAAAAGAAAAUCCAGAAAAUGCGAAUCAUUCCUCUCAAGUUCCAUUCAGCUCACGCUUUCUUCCACACCAAUUUCCCCUUUUCUUCCUUCCUUCCACUCAUCAAAUCAUAUCAAAUCCCUCAAAUUCCUCUUUCACAACUCCCAGUUAGCUUCAAUUCUCAUCAAUUCACCUGCAAAAUCUUCAUCUUAAAUCAUCUAUUGCCCAAGAUCUGUUUCACUAUCACAAAAAAUCUCUAAAAACCCUAAUUUUUGCUGAUACAGAACCAAUUUCCCCAAAUUUCUCCCAAUUUAUUCUUCAGUUUUGCUGAUUUGAUUCGUGUUUACAAAAUUAGUGUUUGAUUUGUUAUAAAUUUACGCAUACGGAGACGAUUUUGAUACUCUGUUCUUCGUUUUUGCUCACAAUUUCACGAAAUUGUUGAAUUAAGGUUGGGAUUUUGCUGCUCUGUUUUUCCUUUUUGCUAAAAUUUCAAUAUGUUACCGGAAGGUUCGUUAUCGACGGAAUCGUCGCCGGAGAGAAGUGAUUUGGGUGGGAAUCGAGGGUUUUGGGAGCUUCGAGGGGUGCAUUGGCGUACGGAUUUGGGGGUGUUGCCCUGUUCUUCGUCUGCUGAUGAUGUUCGUCGUGUUACUGCUAAUACUCGGAGAAGGUAUGCAGCUUUAAGGCGAAGGCUCCUGAUUGAUCCUCUUAUACACAAAGACGGAAGCAAUUUUCCAGAUCCCGUUAUGGACAAUCCCUUAUCCCAAGAUCCCGAUAGUAUGUGGGGCCGUUUUUUUCAAAAAGCCGAGUUAGAGAAGAUGGUAGACCAAGAUCUGUCCCGCUUGUAUCCUGAACAUGGAAGCUACUUCCAGACUCCCGGUUGUCAGGGCAUGUUAAGAAGAAUUUUGUUGCUUUGGUGUAUUAGUCACCCGAACUACGGGUACCGACAAGGGAUGCAUGAACUCUUGGCUCCUUUAUUAUAUGUUCUCCAAGCCGAUGUAGAACGUCUUUCUGCCGUUCGAAAACUAUACGAACAUUACUUCACUGAUAAUUUUGACGGCCUCACAUUUCACGACUCUGAUGAACUUGAAACCCAAGACGAUCAAGUAAAGUUUCACAAUCUUGAAGAACUCGAUCCCAAGAUUCAAACCAUCAUAUCAUUUAGUGAUGCUUACGGGGCCGAGGGCGAAUUGGGUAUUGUGUUGUCCGAGAAGUUUAUGGAACAUGAUGCGUAUUGUAUGUUUGAUGCUUUAAUGAAUGGUUCUGGUGGUGCGGUUUCAAUGGCCAGCUUUUUCUCUCCAUCUAACGGGCCACAAAACGGGCUGCCACCUGUAAUCGAAGCAUCUUCUGCGUUAUACCAGUUAUUAGCCGUUGUGGAUUCAUCACUUUACACUCAUUUUGUCGAGCUAGGAGUCGAGCCACAGUAUUUUGCUCUUAGAUGGUUACGGGUUCUUUUCGGGCGUGAGUUUGCUCUAGAGGACCUUUUGGUAAUUUGGGACGCAAUUUUUUCGUUUGACAACAGUAAACUAAAUUCGGAAAAUGAUAACGAAACAAACUUUGAAGCUCUUAAUUCAUCCCGUGGGGCCUUUAUUGCAUCACUUGCUGUUUCGAUGAUACUUUAUAUUCGAUCAUCCAUUCUCGCUACCGAAACCGCCACUUCUUGCCUCCAAAGAUUACUAAACUUCCCGAAAGAUGUAAAUUUAGGGAAAUUAUUGAAAAAAGCGAAUUCGUUAGUAAACGAUGCUAUCAAUGCUAUGAGAUCAGCCCCACCUCCGAUGUAUAGUGACGGGUUCCAUGAGCCCGUUAAGCCCGUUACGACAAUGGGUUUCAGAACUCACAGUUUGUCAUCUGAUGCAGCGGCUCCGAGAAGCCCGUUAAGCGUGGUGCGUGAUAGCUACUGGGAAGAGAAAUGGAGGGUUUUGCACAAAGAAGAAGAACAAAAACAAACCAACCCGCAGAAGCAAAGUCAACGCAAAGGUUGGUCGGAGAAAGUGAAGUCGCGUUUGUUGAGAACGGAAUCUGACCCGUCUUCUUCAAAGGCAUAUGGUGAAAAAACAGGACCAUCUAGACGACGCGUUAGGAGAAGUUUGCUCGAUGAUUUAGCUCGACAGCUUGGAUUAGAAGAAGAAGAAGAAACCGAGACCGAAAAAGCAGUCGGUGGAAAUGGUGGUAGUGAAGAGAACUCGUCUAUUUUCUCCGACCCGCCAAGCCCGAUCGGUGGUGUUAACGAUAACGAUAAUGAUAAUGAUAAUGAAAACGACAGUGAGCAUAGUAGUGUGGCUUCAAACUUACUAGUUGAUGAAAACGAUCGUGAUCCCGAACCCGAACUUGAACCCGAGCCCAAGCCCAGUAAUGUAGCGGAUUCAGGUGAUGCCAUCCAGGAAGUGGAUGAUAAUGGGCCGGGCCCAGUUUCUGAUGGGCCGGAAGAUGCUACUACACCGUUGAAAGGAGUCGAGAACGAAGAAUCUGCCGGAAAGUCGGGAUUGAAUUUGAAAGAUAGGAUCAUUUUAUCGGGAAAGCAGUGGUUUUGGAAGUUCGGAAAGAACAACGGUGAUGGUUCGUUGGAGAAAGGCGGUGAUUCUACGAGUUCUUCUCUUGUGGGGCGCGAUCAGAAGAGUGACGCGGCGUCUUCUGGGACGGAUGUAACGAGCAAAGGAGAAUCCGUGAACCAAAACAAGAUUUGUUCGCUGAAAAAUCUUGGUCAAUCUAUGGUGGAAAAUCUUCAGGUGAUUGAAUCGGUGUUCCAGCAAGAAAAGGGUGAAACGGGUCAGGUAGAUAACUUGUCAAAGAAGGCACUGGUAGACCGCGGACAGAUGACAGCUAUGGCCGCCCUGAAAGAGCUUAGGAAAAUCAGCAAUAUUCUAUCGGAAAUGUGAGGUUAUGGUAUGUGUAUGUAUGUAUAUAUAUUCUUUAGUACUGUUCUACAUCUUGAGAGUGCCAUAAUCCUAUAAUAAAUGCUCUUCAUAGCUUCUUAUGUGCACCCUCUUAGUAGUUGUUUAGAAUAAAGUCAGUUAUGUACCGAACGAUUCGUCUCUAAAUCUAAAUGUAGAUAUAUUCAGAUUUUUGGUUGUCA